GGGAGGGGGUGAGGUCCAGAGCUCCCAGUGCUUUAUUAAAGAUUAUUUAUGUGUCGUCGUUCCCGUCCCGUCCGUUUGUCCGUCCGUGCGUGCGUGUGCUUGUGCGUUCUUCGCUCCGAGUGAAAACACAACAAUAACAAACGAGACGUCGUGUACUCGCUGUUCUCGAGUGCCGAACAGGCUACUCGAUCGCGUUUUAUGAUGGCUCCGCGAACGAAAAUCUACGUACACGGGCCAACAUCGACCGCGGUGGAUCUGCGCUGAUAACGCCGCCGAGUGCGUGUAUCGUGUGAGUGUGUGUGUUUGUUGCGUAUUACGGUCCGGAUCCGCGGAUCGAAAAUGGAAGAGACCAAAGUUAUCUAUCACAUCGAUGACGAGGACACGCCGUACCUCGUCAAGUUGCCGAUUGCGGCUGACAAGGUUACGUUGGCCGAUUUCAAAAAUGUCCUCAAUCGUCCCAACUACAAGUUUUUCUUCAAGUCUAUGGACGACGACUUUGGAGUGGUCAAAGAAGAAAUUGUUGAAGAUGAUUCUCCAUUGCCAUGCUUUAACGGUCGUGUUGUUUCAUGGUUGGUUGCUGCUGAAGGUAGUAAUAUCUCUGAUGGAACAUCCCAAGGCACAGAUUCUGGUCAUCAUACACAUAGAACACAAGGCGAUAAUCAAGCUGGUAAAGCAGUAUCUAGAAUACAUCAAGAAGAUAUUGGAACAUGUACUGAUACAGAAUCAUCAAUAUCAAGUUCAAUACGUCCUGGACAUCAUCACAUGCCUCGUGAAAAUCAUCAUCGUCUAGCAAAUCCAAAGUUUCUUAAAUAUAAUGGGUUAGGUAUGAAUGGCCAUCCCAAACAACACAGACCGUAUGGUUCAUCUUCUAUGCUGAGUUCUGAGUUAGAAACAACAAGCUUUUUAGAAUCUGACGAGGAUGAUGCUUCAAGUCGAAUUACCACAACAACAGGACGUGCUACUAACAUUUCAAGUGAAUGGCAGCGUUUAGCGGGUAGUGGUCGUCGCCGAACUCAACAACGGCGCAAACGACACCAAAGACCUGCUGGUCCAGGAGGAAUGUGCCGUACAUCUUCAUUUUCAUCAGUUACUGAUUCUAGCAUGUCAUUGAAUAUAAUUACUGUGACUUUAAAUAUGGAUUCUGUUAACUUUUUGGGAAUAUCGAUUGUUGGACAAAGUAAUAAUGGCGGAGAUGGUGGCAUUUAUGUAGGAUCUAUCAUGAAAGGUGGUGCAGUAGCUUUGGAUGGUAGAAUUGAACCUGGUGAUAUGAUAUUACAAGUUAAUGAUAUCAAUUUUGAAAAUAUGUCGAAUGAUCAAGCUGUUCGUGUUUUAAGAGAUGUGGUGCAAACUCCUGGGCCCAUUAAAUUAGUUGUUGCAAAAUGUUGGGAUCCAAAUCCAAAAUCAUAUUUCACUAUUCCUCGAACUGAACCGGUUCGACCUAUUGAUCCUGGUGCAUGGGUAGCUCAUACUGCUGCAAUGAGAGGCGAAACUUAUCCUUUACGACCACCAUCUGUAUCAACAGUUACAUCUACUAGUUCUUCUCUAGUGUCAACCAUGGCAGAGACAGAAAUAAACGCUGUUUCAACUAAUGCAUUCAAAGACCUUCAGUUGGACGUUCGUACUACUGAUAUGCUAAGUAUUGUUAGAGCUAUGGCUAGACUUGAUUCAGGUUUAGAGAUCAGAGAUAGAAUGUGGCUCAAAAUUGUUAUUCCUAACUCUUUCAUUGGUGUUGACGUAGUUGAAUGGUUAGAAACACACGUUGAUGGAUUUCAAGAUCGUAGAGAAGCAAGAAAAUAUGCAUCACACAUGCUCAAAGCUGGUUACAUCAAACAUACUGUUAAUAAAACCACAUUUUCUGAACAAUGUUAUUACGUAUUUGGUGACUUACUCUCUGCAGGUAUGGACCAAAUAAAAAUAGAAGGUGAACCAACUGAUAAUGUAGGUGUUACUAGUCGAGGUGCCUGGGAUAUGCCAUAUUCAGGAACUUUUAAUCCAAAUUCUUCGCCAAUGCCAUUUAAUUACCCAGGUGAACCUCCACGUUACUUGUUUGACAAAGAUGAAAGUGGUUCAGGUGGUAGUAGGUCUGGUUCAGAUGUAAUGAAACAAAAUAUGAUAGGGUUAGCUAUGAGUGACCACAGUGGCGGCACAGCUCAACAGAAUUCAGUUGCCGCCCCAUCAACUGUAGAUAAGUCUAGUGGCUCUGAAAAAUCUCAAGUGAUGGCUCCACCAAAUGUACCUACUGACCUUUCAGCUAGUCAACAAUCAUUCCGUAUGGCAAUGGGAAAUCCUUGUGAGUUCUUUGUAGACGUAAUGUAAAUUAUGAUUAUUAAGGCAGCAAACAAUUUAUGUUGAGGAUUCAAGAUGUAUAAUAUACACUAGUUUCAAUGUUCUAUUCACAUUUCUUCUUCAUGUUUAAAAAAAAAUAAUAUUAAUAACUAAACAUAUUAUUUCCUUAUUAGAAAUGUAUGAGAAAUAAAUUGGUAUUGUUUAUUAUUGCCAUGUUCAAGUUAUAUUUUUUUUUUUUUUUUUAGAAUCUAAUUUAAUCUAGACAAUUUUUAGGUUUAAUAAAUUGAAUAUUAAUUAAUAAAUUUCACUAUGUAUUUUUUGUAGACAAAAGUUUUUAAUGAAUUCAAUUGAUUUUUUUUUUUUAUCAAGAUCUGUUUAAUUGUAUUUUAUUUUUAUUAUGUUUAUUUUUUGUAACAAAAACAUAAUUGAAUUAUUCUUAUAGAUAAACCAUAAGUGACAAUUUUAACACCUUUUUUUUUUAAAUAUUUCAAAAUUUCAUUAGUGUACGGCCAAUUAAAUCAAGAAAUAAUUUAACAAUUAGUAAUUGAUUCUUUUAGAUAACAUUGUAAGGCACCAAUAAGUAGAUAUCUAUGAUCUAUGAUAUAAUUUUUUUAAAUGAUUACAAUUAAUUAUCUUAACUAUGAUAGUUGAUUAAUAUUUAAAAAAAAAUGAUUUGGUUUGGUAUUAUAAUUUAUAAGUAUUUAUAAUUUUAGGAAGAUAAUUCAAAAUAUAUUGUAUUUUCAUAAUUAGUCACAUAAACUAAAAUUUGUCAUUUAUGGAGUUUCAUUAAAAAGAGUAGAAGCAGUCUUUUUUCUUGUUUAAAUUAACAAUUUUUGUUUUAAUGUAUUGAUUGACCCAAUGAUAGGUAAGAAUUCUGUGUAAAUAAAUUUGAAUUUGUCAAAAUGUUUAAUCAUAGUCAACUUUUUUCUCCAAAUUUCCCUUCUAACCUAAUAAAUUAUUAUUUAUAAUAAUCAAGCAUUUGAAAUUUGUAUGUUUUUACUAAUAUAUUAUGAAACUAAAUUUAAAAAAAUAAUAAUAAUCUUGUAUAAAAACUAAGAAACAACUUUAGUUUAUUCAAGAACUUAUCGCAUCAUUAGGUCAGUGGUAUAUCAAAAGUAAAUUGUAUCUGUGAAAAUUAAAAUAUAUGUACAUAUUGUACAUAGACAAAUGUGCAACCAUUUGAAAAAUAUUUGUUGAACUUACCUCUAUUACAACAUUUUCUGUACGUAACCUCUUUCAAUCACCUUAAACAUUAAAUAAAUAAAAUAUAUUGUUAAAUAUAGAAAACUAAAAUUGGGUUUAAGUGGUAAAUAUAAUUUGUAAGAAUCAUUGUUAUGUCAAUUCAGUUUUCAAUUCUUAUUAUCUAAUAAUAAUUAACAAUUAUCUUACCAUGGUAUGAUUUUAAAGAAACUAAUUAUAAUUAUUUAACUCGUUUUUAUAUGAAGAAGAACAAUUUUGUCUAAUCAACAUAUUAUUUUAAUAAUUUUAUUCUUUUAAAAAAUUAAUAUUUUUAAUUAUUUGAUUUUGUUUGAUAUAAUAUAUUCAACAAGUAUUACAAUAAUGGCUUCUUCUCUUUAGCUGUCGUAUAUUUUUAUUUAAACAAUAAUUGCUUAAUAAUAUUUCAGACACUAAAGUUUAUACACUGAUUUUAUUUCUGUUAUCGUGGUUAUAAGAUUGUAAAUAGUUUUUUCUAUUAGCCAUAAUAAUUUAGCUAACAGUAAACGGCCUAACAUAUUUUUAACUGUAAAAUAAUACAUAAAAGAUACACAUAACAAAUUAUGAACAGUCAAUUAUUUACUUUUGAUGUUCAUAUAUACAAAAUCUGGUAACUAAUAAAUAAUUUUGUGGAACUUAUUCCUCAUACAUAGUUUAUUCCUCGGAAUUUGUGAAGUACAUUAACUGUAUUGAUAUAUUUUUUUUUUUUUUUAUUAGCAUUUAAGUUUUAACACAUAUUUUACUGUUACAACAUAAGACUGUGAUAAAAUAAUCCAAACUCAGUUUUUAAAUUUGGUUAAUUGCUUUAUUUUUAUGUUUAUAUAAGUUUUCCGAUAUGAAGACAUUUUUUUGUUUUUUGAUACAGGGUAAGAAUUAUCAAUGUAUACGUUGUGUAUUUUAUGGUGGCAUAACCUUUUAUGCUUUUAAUAUUUUAUUAUUUUUAUUUAAUGUGUUUAAAAUUGAAAAUAAGUAAAUAACUGUUGCAUGCCAAAUUAUUAUUUAUACUGUCUGAGUGACUUUUUUGUAACAAUUAUUGUAAUGUACCUAAUAAAUCUUCUUUCUGUAGCCAAACCAAGACUUAUUAAUUAAAAGUAGAAUAGACAAAUAAAAUAAAAUUUUUUUUUAAAAAAAAACCCUUGUAACUAAUAACUAUUCAUUUUGUAAAAAAUAUAUUGUAUACAUUUAA